CCCCGCCCCGCUCCUCCAUAAAGCAAGCCCCGCCUGAGAAUCCCGGCACCUGUUCCUGCUGCUAGGUGAGCGGCGAGCAUGGCGAGGACGAAGCUCCGCCAGCACCUCCUCGUUUCCUCUGCGCUCGGGGCCCCUACGCUGGCUCGGCUGGUGCUGCUGCUGUUGUUGCCGCUGCUUCAGGCGCCGCCCCUUGGGGCCGAGGCUCACUGCCCGUGCCACAACCCCGCACUGUGUCGUCCUAUCACCCACAAGCCCGACUUCGAGGUCUUUGUGUUUGAUGUUGGCCAUAAAACUUGGAAAUAUUAUGAUUGGUCACAGAUUACAACUGUGGCAUUUUUUGGAAAUUAUGACUCAGAACUUUUGUGCUAUGCUCAUUCAAAAGGAGCCAGAGCAGUGCUAAAAGGAGAUGUAUCUGUAAAGGAUAUUGUUAAUGCUACUUUCAGAGCAUCUUGGAUAGCUCAACAAAUUAAGCAGGCCAAAACACAAUAUAUGGAUGGAAUUAAUCUAGACAUAGAGCAAGACGUUGCCCUUUCAUCACCGGAAUAUUAUGCAUUAACUGCUUUAGUCAAAGAAACCACAGAUGCUUUCCAUCGUGAAAUCAAGGGAUCACAGGUAACCUUUGAUGUCUCUUGGUCUCCACACUGCAUAGCUCAAAGGUGCUAUAAUUAUACCGCAAUCGCAGAUGCUUGUGACUUUCUCUUUGUCAUGUCUUAUGAUGAACGAAGUCUGCCCUGGUCAAAAUGUAUUGCAGGAGCCAAUUCUCCCUAUACUCAGACAUUAACUGGAUAUGAUCAAUACAUCAAUAUCGGCAUUAACCCUAAGAAACUUGUAAUGGGUAUUCCUUGGUAUGGUUAUGAUUAUACCUGCAAAACUCUAUCAGAGCAUCAUGUUUGUACCACUGCAAAACUCCCUUGUAAAGAUGCUGUACACAGACAGGUACCCUAUCAAAUAAUUAUGAAGCAACUAAAUAAUUCUUAUUCUGGAAGCCUGUGGGAUGAAAAUCAGAAGUCUCCUUAUUAUCACUAUCAAGAUCAGGCUGGGAAUUUUCAUCAAGUGUGGUAUGAUAACCCUCGGAGCAUUUCUCUAAAGGCAGCUUAUGUACAAAGCCAUGGCUUGCUCGGCAUUGGCAUGUGGCAUGCAAGCUGUCUUGACUACUCUGGAAAUGCUUUAGCCAAACAGCAAACUGAAGAAAUGUGGAAAGCCUUAAAACCAAAGCUGUAACAGAAAUGAACUUUUGUCAAACUUGUAAGAUUUAGAAAAACAUGUUUAAAUAGAUGUAGUUUCUUAAAGAGAUUAAAAAAUGUAUACAUUUUUGUCACAUUGCUAAAUAUUUUAGUUAUAAGUAUAUUCAAAAACAUAAAGAAAUGCUUUAUUUGAAUUUGAAAAAUACAUACCUGUUUAUAUCUUCAGUGUACAACAACAUAAAGGUAAGAAGUAAGUCAACUUUCUAUAUUAAAUAUUCCUCUGUAAGAUGUUUAAUACUGUAAUUUGGAACAAUUGCUUUUGGAAUUGUACUAAAAAUUCUCCUAUGAUAUUAAAGUAUAUGCUUACAAAUCAGUGCUAGUUUUUGGAAUGUGUAUAACUUGAAAUUGUUUGCUUAGAAUUAGAUUUUUUUAAAACCUAGUCUUUGAGAAUCAGUUUGCUCUGUACUUUUUAUUCAAUAAACCUAAGUUUAAACCCUGCAA